AUGAAGGGCUGCACACCAUCCGCCCUUUUUCUGGGCCCUGUGCUGUUCUCUCAACUUGCGCUGGCACAGCAAGCACCAAGCGGCGUUGUUCAAUGGGAUAUCCAGAAAAGGCCCGUACCCAACGUAGCACCAAAUCGACUUCUGCGGCGGGCCGGCUCGACUUACCAGCAAAUCAUUCAAAAUGAACAGGCACGAGGAGGAUACUUCGCGACGUGCGAGAUGGGGACGCCUGGACAGAAGGUGACAUUGCAGUUGGACACAGGAAGCAGCGACGUAUGGGUACCGGACUCGACGGCAUCAGUUUGCAACCAGGGCGCGUGUGACCUCGGAAGCUUCGACACAAGCAGAUCCAAGACAUACAAGGUCGUAGGGAAAAACGAGUUCGACAUCUCGUAUGUGGACGGGAGUUCGUCUAAGGGGGACUACUUCACCGAUGUUUUCAAGAUUGGCGGAGCAACGGUCACCAAUUUGACGAUGGGCCUGGGGGCCAAGACCGACAUAGCAUACGGCUUGGUGGGGGUCGGGUAUGCCAACAAUGAGGCUAUUGUGUCAAACGCCCAGUCACUAGAUGCUCAAUAUCCUAAUUUGCCGGUUACUAUGGUCGAUGACGGGUUGAUCAACACCAUUGCGUACAGCCUCUGGCUGAAUGACCUUGACUCCAGUGAAGGCAAUAUUCUCUUUGGCGGCAUCGACACCAAGAAGUACAAGGGUGACCUGACGAGAAUCAAGAUCUACCCCAGUAACAACGGCUACUACUUCUCGUUUAUCGUCGCCAUGACCCAGUUACAAGCGAUCAGUCCUAGUGGCAACGACACGCUUACCUCUGAUGAGUUCCCUAUUCCGGUUGUUCUCGACUCGGGUACGACUCUGUCUUAUCUGCCGCAAGAUCUCGUGGAACAGGUCUGGCACGAAGUGGGUGCAGACUACUCGAGUAGGCUUCAGCUAGCUGUUAUCCCCUGCUCAAAGAAGACCAGCAAGGGCUACUUUUCCUUUCAGUUUGCCGGCCCUGACGGCCCACGCAUCAAUGUGCGGAUGGACGAGCUGGUCCUUGACCUUACCAGUGGAAACCCUCCGAAGUACACAAGCGGACCGCAUAAGGGCCAGGAUGUUUGCGAGUUUGGUAUUCAGAACUUUACCUCUGCUCCAUACCUCCUUGGCGAUACGUUUUUGCGGUCGGCAUAUGUGGUCUACGAUCUGGUCAACAAUGAGAUCGCCUUGGCUGAGACGGACUUCAACUCGACCCAAAGCAACAUCGUGGCGUUUGCCAGCAUGAGCGCGCCCAUCCCGUCAGCAACACAGGCGCCAAACCAAGCGGCUGUUACCAACAGACCUGCUGUAACUUCGCCGGCAUUCUCGGCCAGCCCUGGGUUCUCGGAUGGUUCGGGCAACGGUGGUGAGGACGAGAACGCAUCGCAAGGCAUGCCAAGGGCGUUCGGCGUCGCCCAAAUGUCCGUCAUGGCAGUUUCGAUGGUGGUUGCCAUGAUUGGUUCUGGCAUUUUCGCCUUGCUCUAG